GGAACAUAACAACCUCCUCCCGCGAAAGAUCCGUCACAAUCGACUCUAAAUCUCUAUCUCACUCUCGUCGAAUUUUUAGCAAGUAGUGGUUUCUGAGAACGAUGAGUCAAGUUUUCGAAAGAUAUGAGCGACAAUACUGUGAGAUUUCUGCAAAUCUCUCAAAGAAAUGUACUUCAGCCAAUGCUCUUGAUGGAGAACAAAAGAAGCAGAAGUUAUCUGAAAUAAAAUCUGGGGUUGAUGAAGCAGAAGCAUUGGUAAAGAAAAUGGACCUCGAGGCGAGAAGUCUUCCACCCAAUGUUAAAUCCAGCCUCCUUGUCAAAUUAAGGGAAUACAAAUCUGAUCUGAACAAUUUCAAGACUGAAGUGAAGAGAAUCACAUCUGGAAACUUAAAUGCUAAUGCUCGAGAUGAGUUACUAGAAGCUGGUAUGGCUGACAAAUUGACGGCUUCAGCUGAUCAAAGAUCAAGAUUGAUGAUGUCAACAGACCGAUUAGGCCGAACCACAGACAGAAUCAAGGACAGUAGGAGAACAAUGCUGGAGACUGAAGAGAUUGGUGUUUCAAUCCUUCAGGAUUUGCACGGGCAGAGAGAGUCUCUCCUACGGGCCCAUGAAACGCUUCAUGGAGUCGAUGAUAACGUGGGAAAGAGCAAGAAAAUAUUGACUGCGAUGACAAGGAGGAUGAAUAGAAACAAAUGGACCAUCGGUGCGAUCAUCACAGUCCUUGUCCUCGCUAUUAUCUUGAUCUUGUACUUCAAACUUACCAGGUGAAGCCUCUCUCAUCACCUGCCUGGCCAAAAUCUUUGUUACUGAACAACUUGUGUUGUGUUCUCUUCUUCUACUUCUCUCGAGCGUCUCUUCUUCUACUUCUCUCGGGUAUUUUUUCUCUUGAGUUACUGUUGUUAUGGUCGCGAUUUUGUUGAUGGUAAAUCUGAGAAUCUAAUAUUGAAAUUAGAACUCAGUCCAUUUCUGUGCUAUUGAAACCUGUUGUGUGAUUGAUUGGCAAUGAAGCUCUUGAUAAUCU